AUGGUGUUUGAUGGCGUGAGCUAUGGAAUGUCCACAGUGUUUAUGAAAGAUGUUGGGGUCCUCAUUUAUUCCCUUGGACUCAGUGGCUAUAUAUCAGGGCUAGCAGUGGUGGAGGCCAGUCAGCAGUGUACACAUGCACUACUGAGGGCACCAGCUGCAGGCAUGUAUGUGAAAACAGAGGCCAGAUAUGGGCUUCUUCAGGGUAGCAGGGACUUGGGUCGUGACAGUUGGCAAGAUGGAUUCUGGAUAUACUCUGAGUAUUGUAAUAACCAUCUGGAUGCCUGUAUGGAGCUCUCCAAGCUGAUGAAAGACAGCCGCUACCAGCACUUCUUUGAGGCCUGCCGCCUCUUGCAGCAGAUGAUUGACAUUGCUAUUGAUGGUUUCCUUUUGACUCCAGUGCAGAAGAUCUGCAAGUAUCCCUUACAGUUGGCUGAGCUCCUCAAGUAUACUGCCCAAGACCAUAGUGACUACAGAUAUGUGGCAGCUGCUUUGGCUGUCAUGAGAAAUGUGACUCAACAGAUCAAUGAACGUAAACGACGUUUGGAGAAUAUUGACAAGAUUGCCCAGUGGCAGGCCUCUGUCCUAGACUGGGAGGGUGAGGACAUCCUAGACAGGAGCUCGGAGCUGAUCUACACUGGGGAGAUGGCCUGGAUCUACCAGCCCUAUGGCCGUAACCAACAGCGGGUCUUCUUCCUGUUUGACCACCAAAUGGUUCUCUGCAAGAAGGAUCUAAUCCGGAGAGAUAUCCUAUAUUACAAAGGCCGCAUUGACAUGGAUAAAUAUGAGGUGAUUGACAUUGAAGAUGGCAGAGAUGAUGACUUCAAUGUCAGUAUGAAGAAUGCCUUUAAACUUCACAACAAGGAGACUGAAGAGAUACAUCUGUUCUUUGCCAAGAAGUUGGAAGAGAAAAUACGCUGGCUCAGGGCUUUCAGAGAAGAAAGGAAAAUGGUACAGGAAGAUGAAAAAAUUGGCUUUGAAAUUUCUGAAAAUCAGAAAAGACAAGCUGCAAUGACUGUAAGAAAAGUCACUAAACAAAAAGGUAUCAACUCUGCCCGCUCAGUUCCUCCUUCCCACCCACCACCGCAGGACCCAUUAAACCAGGGCCAGUACCUGGUCCCCGAUGGCAUCGCUCAAUCGCAGGUCUUUGAGUUCACCGAACCCAAGCGCAGCCAGUCACCGUUCUGGCAAAACUUCAGCAGGUUAACCCCCUUCAAAAAAUAGUACCUACAUACAGGGAGGCAGAUAAUUUUAAAAAAAGUAAAUAAAAUUAUAUUUAUAGAUGGAGUUUUUUUUGGAG